CCGAAUGAAGCAACUCUACUUGUCAUAAUAACGAGAAGAGAUCGAAUCUUAUCUCACAGUAGUUCACAUUUUACUGAAUUUGUGUUAAAUUACAAUGUAAUUAGUUGUCGUCCUUUCCUUCAACAAACACGACAGAAAUAAAAAAUGGCGCGGAUUUUGUGGUGCAGUUUCAUCGUUUUUAUGACUGUGAUGGACAUAGCGUCAACAAAGAGAAUCAAAGACAUGAUUUACAUGUCCGUUGAUGGAGUCUCAGCAUGUUUUCGGAAACAUAAUGGAACCCAUCAGUUUGGGUGCUCCUCACAGAGAGGAGGAAGUGUUGGGGUAAUUCAGAUGGUGGAGAGCCUCGAGGACGUGCAGUGGCUGGAGACGAAUGCCACAGCAGGCCCCUACACAGCAGUGAUGCCCUUCUCGAUGUUUACCAAAGAGGUCCUCCAUCGUCUUCGAGAAACAAAUAACAUUAAUGGAAUUUUGUUAGCGAAAAAUAGUAGUCAUCCACUUCCGUCCAGUUAUUCACCCGACGACACAUGUCCCAAUAGAUAUUCUGGAUCAAAAGCCUGUGAUGAUAAGAAACCUUGGAAUCCGUGGGGAAGUAAUUUGCUUCUUGAAGACUGGCCCUUCCCCAUGUUCUACGUUCAGAACGACACACUGCUCCAGGAGAUUCGUGCCUGCUACAUGAAGCACAACGCCCACGACCGCGACUCCCAGCGCGAGCGUUCCCUCUGCGCCCUUGAGAUGCAGGCGUUCAUGUCAGCAGCAGUGGACUCCGAGACGUGCAUCCGGAGAAAUCACCUGAUCCUGUACAUGAAUCCAACGCGUUUCUGUGACCCCUUAGGUGACAGGAAUAUCCACUGGCCCCUGGCGCCUCUGACAAACACCACCGAGUCCAUGACCCUCGUGAUAGCUCGCCUGGACACCAAUUCAAUGUUCUACACAAUCUCCCCAGGUGCCAAUAGUGUAAUCACAGGUUUGGUGACCUUCAUGGCGGCCGCCUAUUACCUGAAUUCCCUCAACGCCACAGUCAGUACCAAGAACGUCCUCUUCUCCCUUCUCAAUGGAGAGUCAUUCGACUACAUCGGCUCCAGUCGCUUCGUCUAUGACCUGAAGAAGGGCAACUUCAACGCCCUGGGCGGCAGAAAUCUCCCCCUGAGCAAGAUAACAACUGUCAUCGAACUGAAUCAACUGGUAGACGACAACAUUUUUAUCCACACCAACAACGACUCCCCCAACACCUUGAUCUCGUCCUUAAAGGAAGCCCUGGGAGGUACUGCCCUCCCCGGAAGUGUUCCGCCUACGUCGGUACAGAGCUUCCUGGGGGCUAAUCCGAGUCUACAAACUGCUGUGGUGGCGUCCUAUGGCGAGCAGUUCCGGAAUCCGUAUUACCAGAGUGUUCUUGAUGAUGCUGAAACCCUUGGGCUCGAUAAGGGAACACGCGAGACUCUCAACAAGACUCUGACGAGGAUAGCUGUGAAACUGGGGGAUGUGUUGUAUGAGCACGUCACUGGCAGUAAAUCACCAGGGGGAAAUGACACCUUCAUCGAAGAAUUGAUCACGCAAAUGCUGUCGUGUUACCUCACUAAUCCUAUGUGCAACCUUUUCCAGGCGGCAUCUCUACCAGGUGCUGUGCUAGAAAGUAAUCCCCUUCCCCUGUACGUGAGUGUCAUCAACAAUCCCAAUGAAGCAACAAGUCUGACAGGACAGUUGUUAGUACUAUUGACAGGGAAACAGUUGAACAUGACAGUACAGGAAUGCCUCAAUCACAGACUAUGCUGGAUGGGAGGCUACUCCUUCAACGGUGUUUGUGUCAACUCAACUGUCAAUUACACAUCUGCUGUCAGUCCAGCCUUCAUAAUUCCUGGUUAUUCGAUGAAGUCUGGAGUUUACCCCACGUGGACUGAGUCGGUCUGGCAAGCACUCACUGUUCGCAUGUUUCUGAAACCCUCAGAUACUGUUGAGAGGCUGACUAUCAGUCUGGGGAGCAUCGUUGCUGGAUUGUCCUUCAUCGUCGUCUGGUUCAUUACCUCCAGGGCACAUUUGCUCUUCGAGAGCAACAGGAGACCUGCCUGCUAGGACAACGCCGCGGACCACAUAUCAAUGAGGAGGCUUGGGGAGAGGGACUCUGGACAGGUUCUUGUCACUAGCCUGUGAACAUUUGUUUUUUCAUUUGAGGAGGAGUUUUGUGUGUGGUGCGCACUCGGACGUUAUUUAUUUUAAGUCAGUUUAAGUACAAUGGGAGAAAAUAAAAAUGAGAAAUAGUAAUUGUAGGAUUUAUUCGAAUCGUUCAUUGAUUUGAUAGUUGGGACGGUAAAUGCUAGUGGGCGAAUACCAAUACCGAUUUGAACUGAACCAAAAUUCGAUUGUAUCAAUCGAUCAAAUCGAUUUUGUUAUAAUACAGUAUAAUUUAUUUCUAUAGCGAAAUAGGAAAUCGCGAUAAGAUUUAGCUACGUAUCUGAGGGAGAUUGCGGAAUUUUCGUAAUUACGUUUGUUGCUCCGGCAGACGUAGUUUGAGUCACAAAUAAGGCGAUGAUUAAAAUUUUGCUAUCUUUGUUAGAUCCCAAGAUAUUCAUAAAAAACUCAUCAACCGUAAAAAUUGGCACAUUCCAAUUAAUCACUUCGGAACUCAUUUAUUCUAAUGAAUGCAGAAAAUAUCUCUUUUUGUGAUAGAAGCUAUUUUGUACUAUUCAAUUUUGGUUUAGUUCAACCGCUUCAAAUUUGACGUCCAUAAUUUUGUUUUCACGAUCAUCAUUAGUAAAUAAUCAGUUCAAAUAAUGAAGAAUUGUGUUGGUUGUUUACAAGAAACGAGCAUUUUCUUUUGCCGCUAUUCAAUCGAUGAAUUCCUGUUUCUUUUAAUUUUUCAUUCUCGGUGUACGUAAAUUAACAGCAAUAAACAGGCUUUUUCGGUGCACUGGGAGAAAUGAAUUGAAAUUAGGCACGAUUAAAUUUUGUCGAAAAAUUUUGUCAAUGAAAUUAUAUUUGAUUUCUGUUGAAAAUUGUAUUUUUAAUUACUAAUCGAUUUUAAUGAAGAAUUUUGUACUUUUAGUGCGCGAUUUAAAAAUAUCCCGCAGAAAUUAUUCCACAAAAAAAAAUUCUUUCUUUGUACUCAAUUUUUUUUGUAGAAAUUCUGUGAUUUCAAUUUUCUGUUGUAUGACUCCAUCCUCUAUUUUCAAUUCCAAUAUUUUUAGGAGAAUAGUUGCCAUUGGUAUAAUUCCAAAUUUUUUACAGCGAAAAAUUGUGAGAAUGUCAAAAUGCAAUAAUUUUGAGAUUUUAAUUAUCAAACUUGUCAAUUGAGUUUCGAGAAAAAUGUGGAAAAGAUAAUUAAAAGAAAUGUCGCCGUUUUUGGUAUAAAAUUGAUUUUUCAAAUUACUCUUUUAAAUAAAAACUCGACAGUCAUAACUUAUUUGUAAGGAUGUUCAAUAAAGAGAAGGCUCUCUAAUUUUUUAUGAUUCUUUAAAUGACAGAAUAAUCAUUCUGAAGCUGGUAAUCUUAUGAUUUUCAAAUCAUUUGAGCCAAAAAAAGUGUAUAUCUUGAAAUUUGUCCGAUUAAAAAAAUUUUGAGUGUAAAAUACUCUGAAUUCAUACCAUUUAAAAAAGCCCAAAAAUAAACUUUGUCACGAAUUCCUUAAUUUGCAUAAUCUCAAUCCUUUUUUAUCCUUACGUUACCAUAAUCGAUCAGUGAAAAUCCAAAAUGAGUUUGUUUGACGUGAUAUUUUUCACUAGUAGCCGGAGAUCAUAGGGGAGAUGUGCAGGACCUAAUGACGAGAGAUCAACCAUUAAAUUUUUUAGCAGUAGCGCCGGAACUAAUUUUGCAGCCGAAAUGUGCGGUACGGCAGGGCACGUGCGCCCUGGCGUACCGAACAUUUCAGCUGCAAAAUCGAAGCAGAGAGAACAACAGUGUCAUUAAUAAUCCUGCGAAAUAGUCAGGACAGGAGAGAAGGACAAAACGGAACGUUUUUAAUUAUUAUGUCAUCAUAAAUAUUAAUAACAUGAUUAUUUUGCUCCAUUUAUUAAUUUUACAUUCUUCAGUUAUGAUUCUUUGAGAUAUAAAAAUCAGCGAUUUAAUAGUUACGUAACUGCAUUUCUAUAGUUAAUCAAUUAGUAGGGUUCCUAAACAUCGAGGCAUUUCAAUGUCCCAAAGGAUAAAUAGAGAAAAAUAUUUUCCAGGUAUCGACCAUUGAAGGCAAACAGGGACGACCCUCGAAAGAUAAUAACGGAUUUCAUUCAGACCCAGGAUUAAGGAGAGUAAUCCAGAUGAGAUGGAAGUGAUCAGGAGAAAUAAGCAGGAGAGCCAGGAGGAGCCUAGUGAAAGUAAACCCCAGGAAUUUAGCAAACUCGAAGCACCAGUACUCGUGGCUGAGAAGCCCUGGCCGACGAAAAACAAGGAGACGAGGCACUCCAGAGAGCCAUCGUUCGAAUCAACCGAGAAUCAGGACAGAUCAAAUGUCGACGAUUCCCUUCUCAAGAAGCCUCAUCUCCCACCACCAGAGAAUUGCCACUGGCAAGCGGAGACCCGCUGCAGGGAAUGUCCAAUUACUCCGGAACGUCCUGGUGGACGUUUAAAGCUCACACUGCGCAUGAAACGUUCACCAAUUCUGGACGAUGUCGUUGAGUCUGGUACGAGUCUGAGUGAAGACAGUUACGAGCCUGAGUACGAGGUUCUCAGGGUCGAGGGAGUCGAGAGCUCCAGACGAAAGAAAAAACACAAAACUCGCGAUCGGGAGAGACGCCAUAAAAAAAGAGAAAUUCAUGUCAUAUGCCAAAUCAUCGUCAAAUUUCAAAUAAUAAAUUUCUUUUCCUUCCAAUAAAGACCUUUUUGGUAGUCCAAUGAAAAAAAUCAAAAUGAAGGGAUGGGCAUAACAAAUAACGAAGAACGUUUAGAUCAAGUUUUCAUGUUUUUAUUGUAAAGAUUAGACUUAGACUGUAGACUUAGAGAGGAAUCGGUGCUGCCUGUGUAGCGUCCUUGGCGGGCUUGACAUCCGAGGAUGGCUGCUGAGGAAUGACUUCCUCUUUAGGCUCAGCAACGUUGACGUUGUCUGGAAGGGGCUUCUUGGGUCCCAUCUUGCCACUUGGAUCCCACGGCAGCAUAAUCUUGACCUUGAUCC